AUGAACAGCAUCAAGUCAUCAUUGAACCUGUCAUCAAAGUUGUUGUUGAUCAACACUUCCAGGAACAUCACAUGCUCAACAACACGUUGGUUGUCCACUGCCUCACAGGUCAAUAAACAAACAGCACUAUAUCAAUUGCACAAGGAUCUUGGAGCAAAGAUGGUCGAGUUCUGUGGAUGGGACAUGCCAGUGAUGUACCCAACUGGUGUGUUGACAGAGCACUUCCAGUGCAGACAAAAGUCUGCUUUGUUUGAUGUGUCACAUAUGGGUCAGCUUAGAAUCCACGGACGCGAUCGUGUAGAGUUCUUCGAGUCGAUAGUGGUCGCUGACCUGCAGGCUUUGCCCGCGGGCCACUCCAAGCUCUCGGUGUUCACCAACGAGAAGGGUGGCAUCAUCGAUGAUACAAUGAUCACCAACGCCGGCGACAACCUCUACGUCGUUGUCAACGCUGGUUGCGCCGACAAGGACAUUGCCCACAUCAAGCAGCAGAUGUCGCUGUUCAAGGCCAAGGGCAAGGACGUCAGCAUGGAGCUGCUCGAGGACAAGGCACUCAUCGCCGUGCAGGGCCCUGCCACUGAGGCCGUCGUCUCCAGACUCACCAAGCAGGAUCUCUCCUCGAUGGAGUUCAUGACUCAGCGCACAGCCACCAUCGAUGGCAUCAACGUCAUCAUGACACGUUGUGGAUACACUGGCGAGGACGGAUUCGAGAUCUCGGUGGACAACCGCGACGCCACACGUCUGGCCAAGAUCCUGUUGGACAAUGGCACCGAUGUGCUGUGCUCGGGUCUCGGUGCCCGUGACUCCCUUCGUCUGGAGGCCGGUCUCUGUCUGUACGGACACGACCUGAACGACGACAUCACACCAAUCGAGGCUACAUUGGGCUGGUUGAUCAGCAAGCGCAGAAAGGAGCAGGGUGGAUUCCCAGGCGCCAGCGUCAUCCAACAGCAGCUCAAGGAUGGAGUCAAGCAGAAGCGUGUUGGCCUGAUCCUCAGCGGCGCACCCGCUCGUGAGGGCGUCCAAUUGGUGGACUCGUCCAACAAUGUCAUUGGCAGAGUGACCAGUGGCACCCUGUCGCCAGUGACCAAACAACCAAUCUCCAUGUGCUACAUCAACACAGAGUUCAGCAAGGUUGACACCCCAGUGUUUGCCUCCAUCCGUGGUCGUCAAGUUCCAGCCACCGUCUCCAAGAUGCCAUUCGUUCCAACCAACUACAAGAAGGUUACCAAAUAA